AUGUCUUUGACAAAUUGUCGGUUCUACGAGGAGAAGUUCCCAGAGAUCGAUAGCUUCGUCAUGGUCAACGUCAAGCAGAUUGCGGAAAUGGGUGCCUAUGUCAAGCUCCUCGAAUACGACAACAUCGAUGGCAUGAUCCUGCUUUCCGAACUGUCCAGACGUCGUAUUCGAAGUAUCCAAAAGCUCAUCAGAGUCGGACGAAAUGAGGUAGUUGUGGUUCUCAGAGUAGAUAAGGAGAAGGGUUACAUUGACCUUUCGAAGCGCCGGGUAUCCCCAGAAGACAUUGUAAAGUGCGAGGAGAGAUACAACAGGAGCAAAAUGGUCCACUCGAUUAUGCGCCAUGUCGCUGAGAAGACAACGGUCCCUAUUGAGGAGCUCUACGAGAAGAUCGCAUGGCCACUGAACAAGAAGUACGGACAUGCUGUAGAUGCUUUCAAGCUAUCGAUAACCAACAACGAUGUCUGGUCCGAUAUCGACUUUCCAAGUGAGGUUGCAUCAGAGGAGCUGAAGUCAUAUAUCGGAAAGCGUCUCACACCCCAGCCGACAAAGGUCCGAGCAGACGUCGAGGUCACAUGCUUUGGUUAUGAAGGUAUCGACGCAGUCAAGACAGCGCUUCGAACAGCUGAAGCCAGAAAUACCCCCGACAACCAAGUCAAGGUCAAGCUUGUUUCCCCGCCGCUGUACGUUCUGACGAGUACCUGUCUCGAGAAAUCUGUUGGUAUUCAAACUCUGGAAGAGGCAAUUGUCGAUAUCCGGAAAAAUAUCGAGGGAGCCGGAGGAAGCUGUGUUGUCAAGAUGGAGCCAAAGGCCGUCACAGAGAACGACGAUGCGGAGCUGCAAGCCCUGAUGGAGAAGCGUGAGAGAGAGAACGCCGAGGUCGGUGGAGAUGAGAGCCAGAGCGAGAGCGACGAGAAUGCCGUGGAGGUGAUGUAA